GCUGCGGUCGGUGGGCGUGGUUUUGCCCGCAGUGAUUUCUUUCCCCUGCUCCCAGUAGUGGGCGGUGUUGUUGUGCGGCAGCGCCACCUAUCGGGCAGACAGUGAUUGCAGCUCCGGGGACGCGCACUCAUUCAGGUGUCGCUCGGUGCCGGAGGACAUGGGUUGUGGACGGGGCCGGUGCUGAGCGGCAGGCCCGGGAUACGGACACUCGGUACGAGCCGGCAGUCAGGAUGAGCGGGGGCAGCUCGGCUUCGGCCGCCCCUCCAUGUCGCUUCGCCCAUUACUUCGUGAUCUGCGGGACGGAUGCGGACAGCGGGCUGGAGCCGGACGAGCUAGCCGUUUUAUACCAAUGGCUAGAAGCAGACCGACAUGGCAGGAGCCAAGACGGUGAGAAUAAAGGCGCAGGUGAAAACUUCGACCAGAGCCCCGUGAGAAGAACCUUCAAGUCAAAAGUCCUCGGCCACUACCCCCAGAAUGUGGAGUGGAAUCCUUUCGAUCAAGAUGCCGUCAACAUGCUCUGCAUGCCCAAAGGCCUGUCCUUCAGGACGCAGGCCGACAACCGGGACCCCCAGUUCCACUCGUUCAUCAUCACGCGGGAAGACGGCUCCAGGACCUACGGCUUCGUCCUCACGUUCUUCGAGGAGGUGACCAGCAAGCAGAUAUGCACGGCCAUGCAGAUCCUGUAUCAGAUGCACAACGCGGAGCAGUGCAAUAGCGUCUACGCCUCGUCCUCCUGCAGCAUGGACUCCUUAGCCAGCAGCGUGGACGACGGCGACGCCACCUCCCUAACCAAGCUCCAGCGCUACAACUCAUACGACAUCAACAGGGACACGCUGUAUGUAUCCAAAUGUAUAUGUCUCAUCACCCCGCUCCCGUUCAUGCAGUCCUGCAAGAAGUUCCUGACUCAGCUUUACAAAGCCGUCACGGCCCCCCAGCCCCCGCCGUUACCUCUGGAAAGCUACAUCCAUAAUAUCCUCUAUGAGGUGCCGCUGCCGCCGCCAGGGAGGUCGCUGAAGUUUUACGGUGUGUACGAGCCUGUUGUUUGUCAGCGGCCGGGACCUAAUGAACUGCCCCUGUCUGACUACCCCCUGAGGGAGGCCUUUGAGUUACUGGGAUUGGAGAACCUGGUCCAGCUCUUCACUUGUGUUCUACUGGAGAUGCAGAUCCUGCUCUACUCACAAGAUUACCAGCGGCUGAUGACUGUUGCCGAGGGGAUUACCUCGCUCCUUUUCCCUUUCCAAUGGCAGCAUGUGUACGUCCCCAUCCUGCCCGCCUCCCUGCACCACUUUCUGGAUGCCCCCGUGCCGUACCUGAUGGGCCUGCAGUCCAAAGAAGGCACUGACCGCUCCAAACUUGAGCUCCCGCAGGAGGCUAACCUGUGUUUUGUGGACAUUGAUAACCACUUCAUUGAGCUCCCAGAGGAAUUCCCUCAGUUCCCUAACAAAUUGGAAUUCAUCCAGGAAAUCUCUGAGGUUCUCUUGAACUACGGGAUCCCCCCAGAGGGGAAUUUACACUGCAGUGAGAGCGCCACCAAACUCAAGAGCCUCAUGUUGGACGACUUGGUCAACGACAAGAAGAAUGGCAACCUGUCCAGCAUAAGCAUGUAUGAGCUGCUGAAGGGGAACGAGACCAUGGCCCGGCUGGAGGCUCUUACCAAAAGGACAGGGAUCAAAAUGGAUAAGAUCAGUAUCAGCGUUCCUCUGACAGACCCGGAGGACUCCCACAAGCUCCAGUGUGCGGAGAGCGAACUGCGAGAUUACAAGCUCAACGUGCAGAUCCGAGAAGUGUUCGCCAAUCGCUUCACACAGAUGUUUGCCGACUAUGAGGCCUUCGUCAUCCAGGCUGCACACGAUAUGGAGUCCUGGCUCAAUAAUCGGGAGCAGAUGCAGAACUUUGACAAGGCCUCAUUCCUGUCCGAUCAGCCGGAGCCGUACCUCCCGUUCCUCUCUCGGUUUAUAGAGACGCAGAUGUUCGCCACAUUUAUUGACAAUAAAAUUAUGUCUCUCUGGGAGGAGAAGGAACCAUUGCUGCGGGUGUUUGAUUCACGUAUUGAGAAGAUUCGGCUUUACAAUGUGAGGGCGCCAGCCAUUCGCACCUCCACGUACCAGUCGUGUACCACCUUGAAAGAAGCCGCUUUGUCUAUCGAGCAGCGUCUGACAAAGAUGGAUCACACGGCCAUCCACCCUCACCUUCUGGACAUGAAGAUCGGACAGGGAAAAUACGAGCAGGGCUUCUUCCCCAAGCUGCAGUCGGAUGUUCUGAUGAAUGGGCCGAUCAACAACAAUCGCUGGGUCACCCGGAACGCCACGGCGCAGCGCAGGAAGGAUCGCCAGCGGCAGCACUCGGAGCACCUCGGGCUAGACAACGACUUGAGGGAGAAGUAUAUGCAGGAAGCCCGGAGCUUGGGGAAAACUGUUCGGCAGCCCAAAUUGUCAGAUCUGUCCCCCGCGGUGAUCGCGCAGACAAAUUCAAAGUUUGUAGAAGGAUUACUGAAGGAAUGCCGAAUGAAGACGAAGCGCAUGCUGGUAGAGAAGAUGGGGCAUGAAGCCGUGGAGCUGGGACACGCAGAUGCCAAUAUAACCGGCUUAGAGGAGAACACUCUGAUCGCCAGUCUGUGCGACCUGCUGGAGAGAAUCUGGAGUCACGGCCUACAGGUCAAACAGGGAAAAUCUGCUUUAUGGUCUCAUCUGCUGCAGUACCAGGAGAGGGAGGAGAGGCACGAGCAUAAUCUAGAAUCCCCAAUUGCACUGGCCCCUGAGCGGAGGAAAUCUGACACUGGUGUUCCCAUGCCGUCUUUGCGGGUGUCACUAACUCAGGACAUGAGACAUAUCCAGAACUUGAGCGUUAUAAAGACUGAUGUGGGCAGAGCCCGGGGCUGGAUACGACUUUCUCUGGAGAAGAAAUUGUUAUCCCAGCAUCUCAAGCAGCUUCUCACCAACCACAUGCUCACCAAGAAGUUAUACAAACGUUACGCCUUCCUGCGUUGCGAGGAGGAGAAGGAGCAGUUUCUCUACCAUCUCCUGUCAUUGAAUGCUGUCGACUAUUUCUGCUUUACCAGCGUAUUCACCACUAUCUUGAUUCCGUACAGAGCGCUCAUCGUCCCCAUCAAGAAGCUGAGCAACGCAAUCACCACAUCCAACCCGUGGGUGUGCGUUUCCGGAGAGCUGGGGGACACCGGCGUCAUGCAGAUCCCGAAGAACUUGCUGGAGAUGACAUUCGAGUGUCAGAAUCUGGGCAAACUAACCACAGUCCAGCUGGGACACGACAACUCAGGACUCCUGGCCAAAUGGUUGGUGGAUUGCGUCAUGGUCAGGAACGAAAUAACUGGGCACACGUACAAAUUCCCGUGUGGACGUUGGUUGGGAAAAGGAGUAGGCGAUGGAAGCCUGGAGAGGGUACUGAUCGGAGAACUUAUAACACCCGUGUCUGACGACGAUCUCGGAAAGCAAAGUCGGACCCCACCUCUGCAGAAAUCGCCCACCAUGGCCCGCAGGCUAAGCAUUCCCUCUCUAACAGGGAAGAACUCCAAACCAAAUGCCGGGCAGAUUCAAGAGGGAAUCGGAGAAGCUGUGAACAAUAUUGUAAAACAUUUCCACAAGCCAGAAAAAGAGAGAGGCAGCCUAACCAUCCUGCUCUGCGGAGAAAAUGGCCUUGUCUCAGCCUUGGAGCAAGUCUUUCAUCAUGGAUUUAAAUCCGCCCGCAUUUUCCACAAGAGCGUCUUCAUCUGGGACUUCAUAGAAAAAGCUGUGGUUUUUUUCGAAACCACCGAUCAAGUCGGAGACGGUGAGGAAAACCAGCUACUGCAGAGAUCAUCCUGCAAAACCUUCUGCCACUAUGUCAAUAGCAUCGUAGCCGCUCCCAGAAACAUUGGCAAGGACGGGAAGUUCCAGUUGCUCGUGUGCCUCGGAGCCAGGGAUCACUUACUCGCCCAGUGGAUCCCGCUUCUGGCUGAGUGUCCGCCCAUCACUCGGAUGUAUGAGGAGACUGCUCUGCUAAGGGACAACAUGAUGGUGAAUUCUCUUGUCCGGGUCUUGCAGACUCUACAAGAUUUUAACAUCAUUCUGGAAGGGUCACUUACUAAAGGAGUAGAUGUUUAGAACUGCGUCCGGGAUGCUGUACAGUACUAGAUUUCACUUUUUCUGGAUUUCUUUUCCCAUUUCAGAGUUAUCUCUGAACCUUUAUAAUGUGCUACAGAGUUCUGUGGUGCAAUACACUGAAUAGUAGCAAGUCACUGGAAGCCGUUUGCGAAUCACGUCAGCGUCCAGCCGGCGGGACUCCGGGCAUCUCUACGCUGUUGCUUAGUAAAUUUGAAUCAGAUAUUUAGUACCAUAGAAUAUUUUUCCUGUUGUGUCUGUAAAUACGGCUUUAGGAUUUUUUUUUUUUUUUUUGUUCUUUUUUUAAAGAAGCAAAAUAUAUUCCAGGUGGGUUUAUCUUCUUAU